GGAAAAUACGGAGCGAAGAGAUACCACUGAAAUACCAAGGCACCGGUUCCUGUACGUUAAGAACGUUCUAAAUAAGGAGACUGAAAAUGUCCCACAGUAAACAAAUUAGAGUCUUGGUUCUCAACGAGAUGGAGAAACUUGAAAGAACGCUUUUCCGACUGGAGCAAGGGUAUGAGCUCCAGUUUCGGUUGGGCCCCACUCUGCAAGGGAAACAUGUUCAUGUUCACACCAACUACCCUGUGAAAGGGCAGCACUUUGACCGACACAAGUUCCAUGCCCUGGAGUGGAUCAAUCCCACAGGAAGAGAGGAUGACUCUGACAAGUUCUGUGUUUUGGACCUGCAGGUUGCUGGCUCCUAUCAGUAUUACUUUGGCCAUGGAGAUGAGAAGAAGUCUGGAGGGGGAUAUUUUGUGGUGGAUCCGGUGCUUCGGGUGGGGACUGACAACCGCGCCCUGCCCUUGGACUGCAUCAGCAUUCAGACGCACCUGGCCAAAUGCCUGGGUCCCCUGAAUGAGUGGCCAGACAGACUCAGAGUGGCAAAAGAAGCUGGUUACAAUAUGAUCCACUUUACACCACUGCAGACUCUUGGUGAGUCUCGGUCCUGCUACUCCUUGGCUGACCAACUGGAGGUGAACCCAGACUUCUCUCCUCCUGGACAAAACUACAGCUGGACAGAUGUGGGCAACCUGGUGGAGAAGUUGAGGAAGGAAUGGGGCAUGCUCUGUAUUACAGAUGUGGUUUACAACCAUACAGCUGCUAACAGUCAGUGGAUUAGGAAGCACCCUGAAUGUGGCUAUAACCUGGUCAACUCCCCACACCUGAGGCCAGCCUGGGUGCUGGACAGGGCCCUGUGGCAUGUGACAUGUGACGUCGCUGAUGGGAAAUUCAAAGACCUUGGCCUCCCUCCACUCAUUCAGAAUGAACAACACCUGCACGCCAUUCGUGAGGUCUUCUGGCAAUAUGUGUUCCCCAAAAUUAGACUAUGGGAGUUCUUCCAAGUCAAAGUUGAAAAUGCAGUGGAGCAAUUCAGAAUUUUGCUCCAAGAUGGAGCCAAACCAGACAGGAGUCAGACACAUGGAAGACAGCAGCUGAGGAUUAUCAAAGACCCUCAGUUCAAACGUUUUGGGUGCACUGUGGACAUGAAUUCAGCCCUGGAAACCUUUGUCCCUCAUGGGAGCACCCCAGCGGCUAUUGAGGACUGCUGUAACUGGCUGAGGAAGAGGCUGGAGGAGCUAAAUGAGGAGCAGUACAAAGAGGUGCAUCACCAUCAGGAACAGGCUGUGAACUGCACCAUGGGAACAGUGAGUUAUGAACGAUUGGCCGACCACGGACCCAAACUUGGCCCUGUAACCAGGAAGCAUCCACUAGUCACAAGAUAUUUCACCUUCCCUUUUAAAGAGACUACACUGGAGAAAGACCUAGAGAUGAUGAACCAGCCAGAUAAAGCAUGUCACUUCUUGGCCCAUAACGGCUGGGUGAUGGGUGAUGAUCCCCUGAGGAAUUUUGCUGAGCCAGGCUCCAAUGUCUAUAUCAGGAGAGAGCUGAUCUGCUGGGGAGACAGCGUCAAACUGCGCUAUGGGAACGGGCCAGAGGAUUGCCCAUACCUGUGGGCCCAUAUGCAGAAGUACACCGAGAUCACAGCCAAGCACUUUGCUGGAGUGCGUCUGGAUAACUGUCAUUCAACGCCACUGCAUGUGGCUGAGUUCAUGCUGGAUGUGGCGCGAGCCAUUAGGCCUGACCUCUACGUGGUGGCUGAACUCUUCACUGGCAGUGAGGAGCUGGACAAUGUCUUUGUGACUAAACUAGGCAUUUCCUCACUCAUCAGAGAGGCCAUGAGUGCAGGGGACAGUCAUGAGGAGGGCAGGCUGGUUUAUCGCUAUGGUGGGGAGCCCGUGGGGGCUUUCCUCCAGCCCAGUCUCAGGCCUCUGGUGCCCAGCAUAGCCCAUGCCAUGUUCCUGGACGUCACCCACGACAACGAGUGUCCCAUUCAGCUCCGUUCAGCGUUUGACUCCCUCCCCAGCUCUGCUAUCGUGUCCAUGGCCUGCUGUGCCACAGGCAGCACCAGGGGCUAUGACGAGCUGGUGCCGCACCAGAUAUCAGUAGUGUCUGAGGAGCGAUUCUACACUAAGUGGAACCCUCAGGCCAACCCCUCUUCUCCAGGAGAGGUUAACUUGCAGACUGGCAUCAUGGCUGGCAAACUGGCUCUCAACCGGCUACACCAAGAACUGGCAGCCAAAGGCUUCAACCAGGUGUAUGUCGACCAGGUGGAUGUGGACAUAGUGGCAGUGACCCGUCACUGUCCCAACUCUCACCAGUCUGUGGUGUCGGUGUGUCGCACAGCUUUCCACAACCCCAAACACCACCACUACCCAGAUGAGGUUCCGCCCAUGUUCAUUCCUGGUAAGAUAGAGGAGGUGGUGUUCGAGGCUCGGACUGUGGAGAGGCACACAGGCUCUUACAGGAAAGACGAGAAGAACAUUAAUGGGUUGCCCGAAUACACAGUGGAGAUCAGAGAGCACAUCCAGCUCAAGGACAGCAAAGUGGUCAAGCAGGCUGGAGUGACCUCCAGGGGGCGCAGUGAGUUUGUGCAGGAGAUUGUGUUUCAGCAGCUUACACCUGGAAGUGUCAUCGCUUUCAGGGUGAGUCUGGACCCUAAAGCUCAGGAACUGGUUGGCUGCUUGAGGCAUCAGCUGGUCCAGUUCAACCCCCAGUACAAAUCAAGCAGUCUGGCUGAUGCAAAUGCCCCAGCCAUACUCAAGACUCCACUGGCACAGAUCAUGUCUAAGCUGUCUCUGGCAGAUAUGAAUGUGCUGUUGUAUCGCUGUGAGGCUGAGGAGCAAGAGGAUGGAGGAGGCUGCUACAACAUCCCCAAUUGGACUCCACUUAAAUAUGCUGGCCUGCAAGGUCUGUUGUCAGUGAUGGCCAAAAUCCGUCCUAACAACGAUUUGGGUCACCCGUUCUGUGACAACCUCAGACAGGGCGACUGGAUGAUCGACUAUGUAAGCAACAGACUAAUAUCCCGUGGUGGAGCCCUGUCGGAGGUGGGUCACUGGUUCGAUGCUAUGUUUGGCUACCUCAAGCACAUACCACGCUAUCUCAUUCCCUGCUACUUUGAUGCUAUCCUUGUUGGGGCGUACACAACGGCCUUAGACGUCACUUUCAAAAAGAUGUCAAGUUUUGUGCAGAACGGCUCUACCUUUGUGAAGCAACUGGCCCUGGGUUCAGUGCAGAUGUGUGGUGUUGGACGUUUCCCUGCGUUGCCACCUCUCUCCCCAGCCCUGGCAGAUGUACCCCAUUAUUUCAAUGAGGUCACCAAGAAAAAUGAGCAAUGCUGUGUCUCCAUGGCUGCAGGUUUGCCACAUUUCGCUGCUGGAAUUUUCCGUUGCUGGGGCAGAGACACCUUCAUUGCCUUACGUGGCCUCAUGCUGGUCACUGGCCGUUAUCUUGAGGCCAGGAACAUCAUCUUGGCGUUUGCAGGCACGUUGAGACAUGGUCUGAUCCCUAACCUGCUGGGGCAGGGCGUGGGUGCUCGUUUUAACUGUCGUGAUGCAGUGUGGUGGUGGCUUCAGUGCAUCCAGGACUACUGUACCUUAGUGCCUGGAGGUACUGACAUUCUCCGCUGCCCUGUGUCCAGGAUGUACCCCACGGAUGACUCGGAGCCCCAGGCACCCGGCACUUUGGAUCAGCCACUGCAUGAGGUCAUCCACGAGGCCCUGCAGCGCCACAUGCAGGGCAUUGAGUUUAGGGAGAGAAAUGCUGGACCAAUGAUUGAUCGCAACAUGAGAGAUGAGGGAUUCAACAUUGUGGCCAAAGUGAACCCUGAAACUGGCUUUGUUUACGGUGGCAAUCGAUUCAACUGUGGGACCUGGAUGGAUAAAAUGGGAGAGAGCGAAAGAGCGCGCAACAAAGGCAUUCCAGCGACGCCUAGGGAUGGCUCAGCAGUAGAGAUUGUGGGUCUCUGUAAGUCAACCGUGCGCUGGCUCGUGGAGCUUAAUAAGAAGGGGCUCUACCCUCAUGCCACCUUAAACCUCCGCAAAGAUGGUAAGCAGCCUAUAUCCUACGAGGAAUGGGACAGAAAAAUCCAGGCCAACUUUGAGAAGAUGUUCUAUGUAUCUCAUCAGCAUGACGACCCCAACGAGAAGCACCCUGAGCUGGUCCACAAGAGAGGCAUUUAUAAGGACAGCUUUGGGGCCUCCAGCCCCUGGUGUGACUACCAACUCAGACCCAACUUCACCAUAGCCAUGGUGGUGGCUCCAGAACUGUUUACUGUGGAGAGAGCCUGGGAAGCUCUGGAGAUUGCAGAGAAGAAGCUCCUCGGACCUCUUGGGAUGAAGACCCUGGACCCAGAUGACAUGGUGUACUGUGGUGUGUAUGACAACGCCCUCGACAACGACAAUUACAACGUUGCUAAAGGUUUCAACUACCACCAAGGCCCAGAGUGGCUCUGGCCAGUAGGUUACUUCCUUCGUGCUAAGUUAUACUUUGCCAAGAAGAUGGGCAAGGACACCUAUGACAGAACAGUGUUUUUAGUGAAAAAUGUCCUCUCACGCCAUUACGUCCACUUGGAGAGAUCUUCAUGGAAGGGUCUACCAGAGCUUACUAAUGCGAAUGGCCAGUACUGUAGCUUCAGCUGUGAGUCCCAGGCUUGGUCUUUGGCUGGUGUUCUGGAGGUUCUCCAUGACCUGUAAACUGUGACCCUUCACUGUGUCUGAUAACUGCCUCUUCACAAGUCUUCCUGCACAGUUUUCAUCCGCCCACUUCUCUAGUCUGACCUUAAAUGAGCCCCCCCCCCCCUCAUGCACUUUAGUUCUCUGAGCCAGUUCUUUUACUGAGGCACUGUGUGUGCAGCCUUAUUAGUUGAGAGAGUUUCCUGCACUGAUGACCUUGGUAAGAUACGGUACAAGUCCUUUCUCAGUAUUAGACACAUGCAUAUAACAUGACCUAUUAGAAUUAUUCCAGUGAAACCAAUGUUACAAAAUAGUAAUUAAUUGCCAUUGAUAUGUAGGCAUUAAAAUAUUGUGAUAGCACUUUCAGUAAUACCUUAAUGGAUUGAAAUAUAUUGUAGUUUGCCAUCCCUACCGUCAGCACAUGAGAUAGUGACCCCACACAUUUCUCUACUGUUGACCUUGUUCAUAGAGAUCAAUAAUAUGUUGGUUUUUGUCUAGUUCUGUUCUGAGAUAUAAUGUCUGUGCUAUGAACAUAGCUAUUGUAAAUGUUAGAAUAUGGUACCUGUCCCUAAUGCUCAUCACCAAUCAACUGCUGUAGUGUGUCUGUCUCAGUUGUGAAGUUAGUGUACCCAGUUACUUGUUACGUAGUGGAAACAAAAUACACAUUUUGGGAACCGACUUGUGAUGGUUUAUCUGCAUGUCCAAAAUGGCUGAAUGGUUUGGAGUAUUUGUUAUUGAGAAUAAAAGCAAUAUCUCAAUAUUA